AUGAGGACGUCAGAACUGUUCCUAACGCAGCAGCAGCAGCUGAUCGCUCAUCUAUCCCAGGAGAUGUCAGUCCAACAAUGCCUAAAGGAGUUCUCCCGCGAUGACGUAGCACUGGAUGCACUAGCUGGCAACAUCACCGAAUUUCGAUACGCUCCGGACGAAGGGUGCACUUUUGAUUCAUGGUAUUCACUUUACGAGGAGCUAUUCGAUAAAGACGCCAGUAAGCUAGACGAUUCCGCCAAACGGUAUCAGUGCUUUCAGACCAUCAAAGAUGAUACAGAGGACAUCGUGUCAUACUCCUGCAAGGUAAACCGUGCUUGUGUGGAUUUUAACCUUGCCGACCUAUCCGAGGAGCAAUUAAAGUGCCUAGUUUUUGUUUGUGGCCUCAAUUCCUCGAAGGACUCCGAUAUUCGAAUGCGGCUGAUCACGAAGCUGAACGAAUCGUCAGAGAUAACGUUGGCGAAGAUCGUGGAGGACUGCAGAGCCCUGACGAACCUCAAAAACGACACCGUGCUGGUAGAAAAACCUUCAGCAACAGUGCGAGCUGUGAAGCACAACACCAACAAACUUGUCAAGUCGUCAUGUAAUUCGUCGGCUGCUGCGGGUAAUGGAACCAGGGCAGAUCAGCCACGUUCUCCGUGCUGUUCGUGUGGAGGAAUGCACUAUUCGAAGGACUGCCAGUUUCGGGGUCAUCAGUGCCGAGAGUGCGGAAAUAAGGGUCAUAAAGAGGGCUACUGUGCCUGCUUCACUGCAAAAUCAUCAUCCGGCAUUUCGAAAAAGAAUGCACGGAGCCAGAAGUUAACCAAGGUGGUCUCCGUAAACACAGGCAGCCGUGGGAGGAAAUUUGCGGAGUUGCGGAUAAACCAUGUCCCGGUCCGACUACAAGUUGAUUCGGCGUCGGACAUCAACAUUAUCACCACAGAAAUGUGGAAGAAGAUUGGAGAACCAGAAACAUCUCCGCCUUCAUGCCAAGCGGUGACAGCAUCCGGAGAACCGCUAUACAUCGCAUCCAAGUUCUGGUGUGACGUAUCAAUCAACGGGGUCUCCAAACGAGGUUUGUGUCGUGUCAUGGUUCCGGAAAUUUCUCUAUCAGUUCUAGGUGCUGACUGGAUGGACAAUUUCGGCCUAUGGGACGUUCCAAUCAACUCGAUCUGCAACCAAAUCAGUAGCCACAUGGAGGGAGCCGUCGAAGAGGAAUUCCAACGACUGCAUCAACUUGGCGUGCUGAAACCGGUUGAUUACUCCGAGUGGGCGGCGCCAAUAGUGGUCGUUCGGAAGCCAAACGGACGGAUUUGCAUCUGUGCGGAUUUCUCUACUGGUUUGAACGACGUCCUCGAGCCGAACCAAUAUCCGCUACCGCUACCUGAGGAUAUUUUUGCGAAGAUGUGGGGGUGUCGGUAUUUUAGCCAUAUCGACCUCUCCGAUGCCUACCUACAGGUUCAGGUGGAUGAAAGCUGCCAAAACCUUCUCACCAUCAACACUCACAAGGGGCUCUCACUCGCUUGUCUCCAGGCAUCAAAUCAACUCCGGGGACGUUUCAGCAACUGGUAG